AUGGUUACUUUUUUUAGCGGUGGAAAACGGAAUUCUGACAAUUCUGAAAAUUCUGAAAAUUCUGACAAUUCUGGCAAUUCUGACCAUUCUGACAAGGGUAUAUUUGACAAGGAUGAAAAUGACAAAGACAAAGUAAAAGGCAAAAGGAGUAGCUCUAAAAAGCAGUCAGUCGAUAAAAUUGAGAAGCCUCCUAAGAGCAGCUCUGGUAUUACAGACCAUGGGAAGGUAUCCAAAAAGAAUGAUAACAGAAGGAAGAAAAAUGAGAAGGACGAACAGAUGGCAGCAGUUAAAGAAUUAGAUAAACAAAAUGAUAAGAUAUAUAAAUCUAUAUACGAAAUAAAUAAUAACUGUUCAGACACGAGUUUUUUAAACUACAACUCUAUACCCUGGGUCUCUUCCUUUUUUAGUUUAAAAGACGAAGAUUUUGCCAUUUUUGGUAAUGAACUAAAAAAAAGAAAUAUAUUUAAAAGAUGCUUUCAACGUAUCCAUAAAAACAGGAGAAGGAGGUGUAUGUCUUUUAACCCUUAUAGAGUUCCUUUAGUAUGUAAAAAAAUAAUACUUGAAGAGAUGUUAAUAUCUGAACCGAAUAUAAACAAAAAGAAAAAGAAGAAUAAUAGUAGUAAUAAGAAAAAUAAGAAGAAAAAAAAAAAAAAAAAAAGUGGUAUGAUGCCUUAUGGGUAUUUUUACAAAAAUUUUAUUAUGAGAGGUAAAAAAAAAAAUUGGCUAGAGACUCAUAUGUAUCAUAGUAAAAGAUUUCGAAUGAUAAAUAUGUAUGGGUAUAAACUUGCUUUAAAAAAUUGUAGUAAAAUAAGUAGAAGGAUAUUUAGAUAUAGCAAGAGGAAGUCACUAAUACAUGACUUGUCUUAUGUGGAAAUAAUUCAACUAAGCGCUCAUGAAAAUAUCAUUAUUGACAUUCUGAAAAAGUGUACUAAUGUUCUUCAGGCAAACAUGCUAAGGAAAAAAUAUUUGCUAGGACUACUGUUAGGAAAGAUUUUUAUUCAUAGGUAUGAUCCUGAUGAGUUCGCCAUAGGAGGUGGUGCAUCGAGGGGUUCAUCGAUGGACAUUACUGGUACUACCGCCAACAUGACUGCUAGUUCUAAUGCUAAUGCGUCUGGUACUUAUGCCAAAACGGCUGAUAGUACUGAUGCUAUAAAGAGAACAGAUGCUUCUAACCAAAAUGCAUGUACGGUAAACAGUAUAUCUAAUCCGAACUCCUUUGAUGGAAGUAAUUUUUUCAGUGCAAACAAUUCGCUAAUCUGCCCAGCCUACUUUUUAUGGCGUUCGAAAUUGAAGUCGUACAAGUAUUUUAAAAAAAUUAGUAAUAAUAAGAUGAAGGAAAAAAAUAGUGAUAGUAUUGUAACUAUCUCUAAUGUGAGCGAGGCUAUGAGGAACCAUCUUAAUUACAAUUGCCAUAGUUUUCAAAAAGAAGAACAUGGAACAGAGGAAGAAACAAAAAGAGAUCUGUGGGUAUUCGUUCACCCAACGUGCUUAAAAAAAGUAAUUGAAAAUUUCCAAAAAAUUAAUAAUUCUCAGGUCAUUAUAAAACAUAUAAAAAAUAUUUGUAUGUAUGAAUUAAUGGGACCAAAGAGUUUUCAACUGUUAGUAAACAUUUUGAAAGUAAAAAAUAAAUAUUACAUGGAAACACAAAAGGAUCAUGUCUAUAAUUAUUCUUAUGAAGAUAUAACAUUGCCAUAUGACUUUGUAAUUCCGUUAUAUGCCAUCUUACCAAAGAGUAUAGGUCCCUUUUUAUUAAAUUACAAAGUUAACGAUAGCAAGGAGCAAAAAUGGGGGAACGAAGAAAUAAAGAGUGUUAAUAAUAACAACAAAUGUAGUAAUAGUGGGAAUAAUUAUGACCAAGUCAGGGAAAACAAACUUUUCAAUGAUAAAAAAAAAUACGAUAAUUUUAUUGAAAACUCUUUUGAUUAUUUAAAAGAAAAAAAUGGAAACGCAGUUUUAAAUAUGAAUAAAUUUAGCCCAUAUGAUAAUAAUAUUCUUAUGAAUGAGAAAAUAAAACAAAACGUGAUAAAACAUAUUAAAGUUAACAAAUAUGAACAUGUUAGGAGCAGUAAAAAAAAAAAAGUCAAAACAUGUAUAAUGAAAAUGCUCAAAAAUAACAAGAAUAUUGAAAGCUAUGAUGUAAUCAAGCAGAGAAGGGAAUCAGAUAUGUUGUUUAUUAAUAUGGGUGAAGAGUGUAGCUUAGACAAGUCAGCAGUAACAAAGGUGGUGGGCGCAAGCGCAGAGACAAAUGUAGAGAAUAAAUAUGUUUUAAGAAAAAUGAAGGGAGAUAGUAAUUCAUUCCAAGGAGGCCAAACAACCGAAAUGGACAACUUAUCUAAAAAGCAUGUAUGUCUCAGCAAGGAGAAGGAAAAAGAAAAGGAAGAAAAGGAAAAAAAAAAAGGUUUUGAAUCAUUUAGGAAUGAGAAAUUAUUACAAAAUUAUGUGCACGAAUUUUUGGAAAAUUAUGAUAAAAAAAAAUGCAAAAAGGAGGGAAUAUUGGAAAGAAAUGAAAUGUAUGAUAUGUACAGAGAAUUAAAAGAAACAAAAGAAAAAAUAUCGCAUAAUAUGAAAAGUUAUAUUAAAAUACCCAUAUUAAUUAUAAAUCAAACAAAUGGGAAUAAUAAAAGAUACUUUAUUUUAUGUCCAUCCAAAAAAAAAAGCACCGUUUUAUUUCAUUUGUUAGUGCGAAAUGGUUCCAUAGCAAUAGGUUUAAAAGAAAGAGAAAAAAUUCUGAAAUGUUCAGAAUUUUUAUGUUACCCUAAAGAUUUCCCAGAUUCAUAUGGAGGUAUUUUAUAUAAUAACUUUAGGGAAGAAUUAUCAAAAAAAAAUUAUUUUAAAAAGCCAAUUGGGAAAAGAAUAAAUUAUUAUUGUUUAGGUAUUAACAAUCCUUUUAACUAUUCAUGGUUUUGUAUAUACCCAUAUAAUGAAAACAUUAAAAUUAUAAGAUGUACUGAUCCGUACAAUCAAUUUUUAAUUAAAACUUUUUUACACCGAUUUCUUACCAUAUCAUUCAAACGAAUUUAUUCAUUGGACACCUUUGAAACAUUUGACAGUUUUAUGGAAGAAUUUAAAACCAAAUUUUUUGUUUUCUCAUCUUUUUAUAUCUCUGUUUAUGUGCACGCGCAUAAGGGUGGUACACCAAAAAGGAUGGCCCAUGUUUGUUCCCUGACGCUGAAGAGGCUGAUUAAGCUUUUUAUGAAACAAGUGGGUACAAAUAAAUUGCAUGAGUGGGUUAUGCACAAACGAAUAAGACACACAAAUAAGAAGAAGGAAAAAAUAAAAAAGUUCAAAGAAUCAGUAAUUCAUAAAUAUAAAAACCGAAUAAUGAAAAAGAGUAAAUCUGCAAAGGGAGAUGUUAAAGUACAGACAAAUGGACAAAUAAAGGGGGAUAUAAAUUCAAAAACGUGUGAAAAGAAAGAUAUAGAUGAAAUAAUUUUACCAUCGAAAAAAAUAAUUGGUUAUGUUUCAAGUGGCGGACAUGUGCUGUCAAAAGGAUAUGGGUACGGAGUUGCACACAUUUCUUUUUAUUUACUUUUGCAGAAUUUGCUGCAUCAUAUAUUUGCCUUGAAACUGAUGGCGUCCGAUCCACUCAAGAUAAAUAACAGAGCAAAGGAAUUUCCAUCUUUAGCUUUAAUUAGAAAUAUUGAUUCGGUGCAUUACUAUCCUGUUUGGCUUAGCCUAGUAACGGAAGAUAAGUACCUGCCUUUUUGA